GCUGGAUUGCAUCAGCUGGAGACUGGAAAGCCACCUGCCGAUUGAAUUAUUUGCGAGCCAUUGUUUCGAUUUGGAUCGGAUUUUGGGUCGCUGGGCAAGGAAGAUAAGCGAGAUCUGAUUUUGAGAGUAGACGAGCGAGGGAGAGACGAUGGAGUUGGGAGCCUCGAUGGAGCUGCUGCCCAGACCGCCACCCAUUCGGAUUCCUCAGCACGCCGACAGGCAGAGAGAGGAGAACGUGAUGGCGGCGAAAUUCGCACAAUUGUUCGACAGGGGCGAGGACAUGGUGAGCGCGAUGAAGAGAGUCGCGCAGUGCAGCCACCUGCGGCAGCUGAACGAGGAGGAGCGCGACUUGCUCUACAGAGCUUACGAUGAUCAGAUCGCCUCGCGCCUCAGGCAAUGGAGGACCAUCUGCCGCAUCCAGCGGAACGAGGCCCUCGAGGGCGGCGAUGAGGUUCAUGUGGCUGCUGCCGCGGAGCUCAGAGCGAAGAUCGAGAGCGAGAUGAGAGAUAUUUGUCAGAGCUUUCUGGGCCUCGUCGAUGGCCACGUGCUACGCAAGGCCAGAGCGGGAGAAGCUCAAAUCUUCUGGUGGAGGGCCAAGGCCGACUUCCAGCGUCACCUCGCGGAGUUCGAUUCCUCCUCCGACGAGUACGAAUCGCUGGCCCAGUGCUCGCUCGAGCGAGCCCACGAACUUGCGCUCGAGCACUUGAGGCCGUCUUCUCGCCAGAGCUUGCAGCUCAUCGUCGACCUCUACCUCUUCUACGAGGACGCCAUUGGCUGCCAUGACAAAGCCUUCGCUCUGGCACGAGAGUCUGUGGAUCUGAUCGCGGACGAUAUCCAGCAGGAUCUUUCGAGAGGGCUGCCGAUGCUGGAAGACAGCGAGAGACAGAAUCUCAUCAGAUUUCUUCAACUGCAAUUGGCCACCGAGGAGCACGAUGGUGAUAGUGAUGAAGUGAUCCACGUGAGAUAGUGAUCCACGUUCUUUAGCCCUCUAUGUAUAGGCUGGAAACAAAGACUAAGUUCAAAGUUUCUCGUCAUCUUCUAGAAAAGAUAAUAUAUCCUUGGUAUUCAACCUCUAUUGUCAUUGUUAUACUACUCUCGGCUGUGGACAUUAUGGAUCUCUGAAACUACAGCUGAAAAAAAAUGUAGCAAUCGGAGUAUUCCAUGGGAAACUACCAGACGCCUGAUAAAAGGGAACUACCGACAAAAAUUACCUCCAACUUCGUGGAAGUCUCACCAAUUGCUUCAUCAACGAACAAUACAUAUUAACUGACAUGCAGCGUAAAAGAUCCAAGAGUCUUAUCUGAACCAGAACGCAGUACCGCAAGUAUAUGAGCAAGCUUUUCAGAGGACUAAGAUCACUGCACAUUUCCUCUCGAUAGAUCUGAUUCACCAUUGUCAUACUAUUCUUCCUAUCGCCUCC